CAGAAGGGCUAUAAAGGGACCCCAAUAUGCUCAUGCCCACACCUGGGUUUGGCCAUGGCUGUGCAGAGUUUCCUGCAGUACGUGGGCUCCAGCUCACUGCUCUGUUUGGCAGCAGGGCUGUUUGCUCUCCUUUACUUUUUCUCCAGCUCCAAGAAGUCAGUUUGCAAUUUGCCCCCUGGGCCACGACCUCUUCCUCUGAUCGGAAACCUGAAUGUGGUGGACCUGAAAAAGCCAUUCCAGUCGCUGACAGAGCUCUCCAAGAUAUAUGGCAACGUCUUCACUGUGCAUUUUGGACCCAGGAGAGUUGUGGUACUGGCUGGAUAUGAAACCAUCAAGGAUGCCCUCUUAAAUCAUGCUGAAGAGUUUGGAGAGAGGGCAGAAAUACCCAUAUUUAGGAAAAUGACACAAGGAAAUGGCAUAGCAUUCAGCCACGGAGAGCUGUGGAAAACUAUGAGAAGAUUUACCUUGUCCACGCUGCGAGAUUUUGGAAUGGGAAAGAGAACCCUUGAGAUCCGAAUCCUGGAGGAAGUAAAUGCCCUUAUCAAAUAUUUUGAAUCCUAUCAUGGGAAACCAUUUGAUACGAAAAUGAUACUCAACAAUGCUGUAUCCAAUGUCAUCUGCUCUAUAUUGUUUGGAGAGAGGUUUGAAUAUGAUGAUCCAGUGUUUCUAGCUUUGCUGAAGCUGAUAAAUCAAAAUACUAAGCUGUUGGGCUCUCCUAUGGUGCUGUUAUAUAAUUUCUACCCAUCCCUUGGAUUUCUCUCUGGAGCUUCCAAGACAGUGCUACAAAAUAUCAGUGAAUUGAACGCUUUUCUCCAGAAGCUCUUCCAGGAACACAAAGAGGAGCUGAAUGAAAAUGACCUAACAGGCUUUGUGGAUGCCUUUCUGCUGAAGCAAAAACAGGAGUCAAAGAAGCCCCAUACUGCAUUCAACAAUGGAAACCUGAUGUUUUCAACUCUGGACCUCUUUGCUGCUGGGACUGAGACCACAUCCACAAUUGUGCGCUGGGGGCUGCUUCUGAUGAUGAAAUACCCAGAAAUUCAGAGAAAGAUUCAGGAAGAAAUGAACCAUGUCAUUGAACCGGGAGAGCUGCCUAAGUUGGAGGACCGGAAAAAAAUGCCUUAUACAGAAGCAGUAAUACAUGAAAUACAGAGGUUUGCCAAUAUUGUCCCCAUGGGUGUAUCACGAUCGACUCCCAGCGAUGUGAAUUUCCGAGGCUAUGUGAUUCCUAAGGGUACUGAGAUUAUUCCACUGCUGACCUCUGCUCUGAAUGAUGAGUUACAUUGGAAAACCCCAGAUCAGUUCAACCCUUCACAUUUCCUGGAUGCCAGUGGGAACUUCAUUAGGAGAGAAGCAUUUAUUCCAUUCUCCAUAGGACGAAGGGCUUGCCUUGGUGAAGGACUGGCUAAAAUGGAGCUGUUCCUCUUCUUUUCGGGCUUGCUCCGCAAAUUUGUUUUCCAGCCCCCUCCAGGAGUGGAUAAGUCAGACCUGGAUCUCACUGCUGAUGUCGGCUUUACCUUGACCCCCAUGCCUCACCUGGUUUGUGCUGUGCCCUGUGAAUGAUCAAACAACAUGGCAUUAGAGUAGUGAGCACUUCAAGCUUGAAAGCAAAUCUAGCUACAGUGGGGAGAAGCUGUCUGGCCCUGAGCUUUAGGGGAAGGAAGACACCAGGCACUGUUACUUUCUCUCAUUCAUGACAUUCUCUCCAACAGCUCUUGCAAUGUCUGUAUCAUGCAAACCCUUCCUGCUCUCAGAAACUGAUUCAUUCCCAGAACAGCACAUCAGAGAUCCUGUUUUCAGGACAGUUUGAAAGAGUGAAAUGCCUUCAAACCUCCUCUAUAGAUGUAACCCAUGAGAACUCUCCCCUGACAGCCCCUAUGGGGAAUUUCUCAGCCCAAAGUCCAAACCCUAGAGCAGAGCUGAUUAUCGAUGGCCCAGCUGGAGACAAGAGACACUCAAUGGAUCUGGAAGUCUCCUCAGGAUGGUUGUUCAGCUGAGCCUCAGACUGAGCUUCCAUUGUGCGAUACAACCUGCCUUAUCUUUAUUACAGAGUCCCAGACACAAGGGUGUAACAUGGGCUGAUGCCAAGACCCAGGCACGAGACAGUUAUCAGAAAACAUCUAAGUGGUUUGGGAAGUGGGUUCUUUCCAACUCACACCAGGCACUUUAUGCUUAACAGCCUAUUUAUGAUGGGGCCAGUUGAGCAGCUUUCUGCUUCUGCUGAGAAAGGCAUUUCUACCCCUCCCUCACCUCUCCUGGCUCAUCCUGGCUCUGGCACUUGUCCAAUCCCUUACUGGGCCAUCUUAGAUCCCUAAAGUGGCAGAAAAUGAGAAGCCAUGGCAAGGGAAGAGUUUCUGAGUCGGUGUGGCUGAAGCGAUACAAGCCUGAGGCGGUGUGAGGGCAAUGGAGCUGGGGCUGGGCAGCAGGACUGCCACGCUCCACCAGAGAGCUGGGAGAGCUCAGCCCCCUGCUGCACUUGCACCUCAGGAGCUGUACCUGCUCAGGAGGUCUUCUCUACCCUUCAGAGAAAGGAUCCUUCAGGGGAUGAAUCAGCUGGCAUAAGGUAAUUUCUCACUCUCUGCAUUGACUGCAGGGUGAACCAUCAUCCACAGGCUUCUAAUUCCAAACUUCAGUCUCAAUUAGCAGGUGUGUUGUGAUGAAUAGGGACAGUCAAUACUGUCCAUACAAUACAGUCCAUUCGACUGAAAAUGGGGCAGUUAUGGUAAACCUACAACACAAAACUAAAGCUGCUGUCAUCUAAAGCUGAUCUGUGCUGCAAAUGGAAGGAAAGAAAGGAGGAAGAAUAUAAAGGGAUGACAAAGUAGGGCGGCCUCGGGCCUCACUAGCUUUAGUUCACGCGACUAAAGGUAGCACUGUAGUAGUUAUACUCCAGCUUGUACUUGUGCUGGUGUUGCACUUGGACAGGGGCUGUACCACAGGCCCAGCUCCAGCUCCUGGGCACAGCUCAGGGAGUGCUCAGCAGGCUCUGCGACAAGGAAGCUGCUGCUGCUGCGCUUGCUUGCACUUGUUUUGCUGUUGCUCUAUUUGCAGUCUAACUACUGCAAGCCUGACCUUAUCACCUACUUGAUCAUUAAAUAUUUUGUUCUGUUGCUCUAUCUGGUGUGACAGUAUGAAGUUGAUUUUGGGUCAAACCGAUAAAGCUGGGCUGCACCACCUUUAAUACACCCGCACAAGAGAGGUGAGCACAGGGAUCCCCGGGGCAGCCUGCAGCCAGGACAUGUUCAGCAGCACAAAAAGUGAGCAAUAUACUCAUAGCCACAGACAUCUCAAAGGAAAUGGCUGAAUUUUAACUCCAGAAAAUCACAACUGCUGUGUGAGGCAGGGUGUGGCUCUGCACGCCUCUCUGAUGUGGCCCCUUACAGUGCUUCCUUGUGUCUCUUGCCCAUGCUCACAAGGAACCCAUCACAGUAAAAUCCAGCAGGAGUUAUCCGAGGGUGCUGUCUGGGAUGCACUGCUGGUCAAGAAUGGGACUGGCAUUGAAGGGAAGGCGCAGAGACUUGGGGGGGGGGAUUUAAGUUACAGGAUGCAGGGCUGCUGUUUUAC